AUGACUACCAUCCAACCAGCACGACCAUGCCUGACAUCUAACGAUGCCGCCGUUCUCCAAGCACUAUUCGAUGCCGAGUCUUCUCCAUCAUCCGGCAUCACCGUCGACCCUUUGCUUCCUUCAUGGCCCACCAAAGUGAAUGUCUCCUGUACCGAUCUCGAGACGCUCAAGCGCCGCGAGACGGAUAUAGUCCGCAAACUGCAAACCAACGAAACACCAAGCCGAGAGAACGUACAGUCAGCUCUAGACGAGCUAGACUCUCUCGUCAGCAGUUACCCAACCUAUCCAUCCGCAUACACAAACCGCGCCCAGGCACUGCGUAUCCUGGUUGACAUCCAAUACAACGAACGCCUUCAAAACACUCCUAACAACCCCUACGGCUUCGAGAUCAAUGCCGAUGAUGCACUCUUCGCUCCAGAAGCUGCAUCUCUAUCCUCUCAAAUCUUCGCAGACCUAGGUCAGGCCAUCUCCCUCGCCACCCCCGAUUCCCCCGCAGACCCCUUGUCCUCGGUCCAAGCACGACUAUUAUCAGAUGCGCAUACACAUCGCGGAUACUUGUUAUUGAAGGCCGCACGUGUGAGGAAGGAUCAGUCCGGACAAGAGAAUGUUGGUGGCCCAGAGAGUCUCCGUGGGCUCAGUGCAGACCGGCUCGAGGAGAUGGCAAGCCAUGAUUUCUUCCUCGGCGGUAGAUAUGGAAAUAAGGUUGCGCAGCAGCUCGCUGUGCAGACGAAUCCGUAUGCUAAGAUGUGUGGGGCGAUAGUGAAAGAGGCGAUGAGGAAGGAAGUCCAGGGUUAA